CAAGACCGUCCAAAGGAACUUAAAACAUCACCUGGUAACUUUAGGAGAUUUGACUGGAAGUGUUUCAGGACCACGGUCAGCGGCACGGAUCACAUUAGAUAGCACAUGUUUAAAGCAAUGCGCGUAAGGAACGGCUCUCAGUUUCUGCUCGUGAUAACCCUCUGCAGUGUUUUAUAUGCCCGGACUUUAAGUUUACCCUACGCCUCCAUGAGAGAUACAAGACACGCAGAUGGUCUCUUCACAAGCGGAUACAGUAAACUUCUAGGACAGUUAUCUGCUAGACGGUACCUGGAGUCAUUGAUCGGAAAGCGUGUCAGUGAUGAUUUGAUGGAAGACCAGGCACCAAUGAAGCGUCAUUCAGACGCAAUAUUCACAGACAACUACAGUCGCUUUCGAAAGCAGAUGGCGGUGAAGAAAUAUCUCAACUCCGUUCUCACGGGAAAGAGAAGUCAGGAAGACCCACCCAGCGUGCAGGAAGAAUCGACUGGCGGAGAGGCCACGUAUCGCGAGAGCUAUGAUGACGUCACUGUAGACCGACUUAUGAAUCAUAUACCAAUGCCUCUUUGAGGGCGGAUUGAAGGCAAGAAAACACAACUAUCCAUGGCCAUCAUAGGUUUUCCAUUUACACAGUAGCCUAGGACAUCAGCAUAAUACUAAAACAAUGUGUCGAACAAAAGAAAUGUUACCUAUGACGUCAAUGUUUGCACUGUACAUAGAUAAUAAUCUUUAAUGAGAGCUGUUAGCUUGAAGAUGUACAUAGUUUGCUUUGGCCUUGGAAAAGACACUUAUGCUUUGACAUGUUUCUUGUAAAUUGUAGAUCAAUAAAUGCAUUGAAACAAGCCCUGGACUGGUACAAUGAGAGAACCAUACGUUCGGACCAGAAGACUGACGAUUGGAUGAAAUGUAACACUAUGAUGUAACAUUAUCUCCGUGCAUUUUGUAAACUGAAUUAUUUUGUAACAAUAUUGAUGUUGCUUCUAUGUUAAUUCUAAAUUUAAAGGGUUCACUUGGGGCUGGGAGGGACUUGGGCAUUGGAAAUCUUUAUUUUUGCCAUUCAAAGUAUAAUAAAAGUUUG